ACAAAUUACCCACCAAUUCUACGCGCCUCAUCUUCCUUUCCUAUUUUCCUCCCCCAGCUUUCUCUCUCUUCACCCCUCGCCGCCCACUCCCUCUCUACAUUCUCAUUUUCUCUCCAGUCAAUGACUUCUCGCUUUCAUAGGGUUUCCUCGACCUUAUCUAGACCCUCUUCGAUUUCCACUAAUCGACUAAUCUAGGGUUCCGGCGACGGAGCCAUGAGUGUAAUCGGAUUCGACGUUGGCAACGACAACUGCGUGAUCGCUGUUGUAAAGCAGCGUGGCAUCGACGUACUCCUCAACGAUGAGUCAAAGCGCGAGACUCCAUCGGUGGUCUCAUUCGGCGAGAAACAGCGGUUUAUUGGCUCAGCCGGUGCUGCAUCUGCAGCCAUGCACACGAAGUCAACCAUAUCUCAGAUGAAGCGUCUCAUUGGACGGGGAUUCCACCAGCCGGACGUUCAGGAGGACCUCCGCCGCCUACCGUUCGCCACAUCAGUGGGCGUUGAUGGUGGCAUCUUAAUCCAUAUACGGUACAUGAACGAGGAUCGAACCUUCACGCCGGUGCAGAUUCUCGGGAUGCUUCUAUCUCAUUUGAAGCAGACCGUGGAGAAGAAUCUUCAGAGCUCGGUGACCGAUUGUGUUAUUGGGAUCCCUUCUUACUUCACCGAUUCCCAAAGAAGAGCUUAUUUGAAUGCAGCGGCUAUUGCUGGUCUGAAACCGCUUAUGUUAAUGCACGAAACGACUGCUACUGCUUUGGGUUAUGGUAUAUACAAGACUGAUUUGGCGAUCUCCAGAGAACCUAUCAAUGUUGCUUUUGUUGAUGUCGGCCAUUGCGACACUCAGGUUUCGGUGGUGUCAUUUGAGGCUGGGGAAAUGAGAGUAGUAUCUCAUGCAUCUGAUUCGAAUUUAGGUGGCAGGGAUUUUGAUGAGGUGUUAUUUAGGUACUUUGCGGAGCAGUUCAAGGAGCAGUAUAAAAUAGACGUGUAUUGUAAUGCACGGGCUUGCAUUAGGUUGAGGAGUUCCUGUGAGAAGCUGAAGAAGGUUCUGAGUGCGAAUGCAGAGGCCCUUCUUAGUAUAGAGUGCUUGAUGGAAGAAAAGGAUGUGAAAGGAUUCAUUAAAAGGGAGGAUUUCGAGAAGCUAUCAUCUGGUUUACUCGAUAGGGUUUUGGAGCCAUGUAAGAAGGCUGUGUUUGAAGCUGGGUUGCAAGUGGACAGAAUACAGUCAGUGGAGCUUGUUGGCUCAGGGUCAAGGAUUCCAGCAAUAUCAAGAAUUUUGUCUGGAUUUUUCAGGAGAGAGCCCGGUAGAUCACUUAAUGCAAGCGAAUGUGUAGCCCGUGGGUGUGCACUCCAGUGUGCCAUGCUUAGCCCUAUAUUCAGGGUUAGAGACUUUGAGGUACAAGAUUCGUUUCCUUUUUCAAUAGGCUUUUCUUCAGAGGACGGUCCUAUUUCCACAUUGUCAAGUAACAUAUUAUUUCGUAAAGGACAGUGCUUUCCAAGUGUUAAAAUGCUUACAUUUCAUCGUCCCAAUACAUUUCAUUUGGAAGCUUUUUAUGCUGAUCAAAAUGAAUUGCCAGCUGGCACGUCCCCUAAAAUAUGUUGCUUCAAGAUUGGUCCUUUCGAAGCUUCUCAAGGUGAUAAAACUAAAUUGAAAGUCAAGAUUAGGCUAAAUCUUCACGGAAUUGUCUUUGUAGAAUCUGCAUCAUUGAUUGAAGAUGAAAUAAAUGCUUCAACGGACACAAGCCACACAGACUUGGAUAACGCUGUACCUGAAACAGCUACAGCAACUUCUGUCGAGAAUGGAGCCGCUGCAAGGACUAAUCAUCAUGAUAGACCGAGCAACAGUAGGCAUUCAAGAAGGCAUGAGGUUCCAGUCUCUGAGAUCUUGUUUGGUGGAAUGAGUAAAUCCGAACUAGUGGAAGCUCAAGAGCAAGAAAAGCUACUAGCCUAUCAGGACAAAGUUAUGGAGCAAACCAAGGAUAAAAAGAAUGCGUUAGAAGCUUAUGUAUAUGAAGUCCGCAAUAAGCUUUUCGAGAGAUACAGAAGCUUUGCAACUGAGAAAGAAAAGGAAGACAUCUCUCGUAGCCUAAAACAGACAGAAGAUUGGCUUUAUGAAGAUGGUGUAGAUGAAACUGAAAAGGUCUACACAGCCAAGCUUGAUGAAUUGACAAAGUUGGUUGAUCCUAUUGAGAAGAGAUGCAAAGAUGAAGAAGCAAGAGCUCAAGCAACCAGGGAUCUUUUGAACUCUAUUGAUGAUCAUCGAAUGGCUGUACAAUCGCUGCCCGCAUAUGAACGUGAUGCGAUCAUAAAUGAAUGCAAUAAAGCUGAGCAAUGGCUUAGGGAGAAAUCUCAGCUACAGGAUGGAUUCGCUAAGAACGCUGAUCCUCUCCUAUGGUCCCAUGAAAUUAUUAAAAUGUCAGAAGCCUUGGACAGGUGA